UUUGGGCAGACCCUGAAAAGUUUUCAUCCCCACGGGCCGCAAAACAAAAAGAGUCGAGAAAUGUUAGCAGCACUAUUUUCAUCUUCCAGAUUCUUCUCCUCUUCUUCGUAUCUCCGUAGAUCUUCGAUUCCAUCGUUUCACCGCUCAUCAAUCAGAUCAAUGGCCGAUUCCGCUUUCAAAAAAAUCCAAAUCCAAAGAGAGGACACUACAUUUGAUGCGUAUGUGGUCGGAAAAGACGACGCACCUGGAAUCGUCGUGAUUCAAGAAUGGUGGGGUGUUGACUUUGAGAUCAAGAACCACGCCAUCAAAAUCUCGAAACUCGACACUGGCUUCAAAGCUCUCAUACCCGACUUGUAUCGAGGAAAGGUUGGGCUUGAUACCGCGGAGGCUCAGCAUCUGAUGGACGGACUUGACUGGCAAGGAGCUGUUAAAGACAUACGUGCUUCUGUUAACUGGCUUAAAGCUAAUGGAUCAAAGAAGGUUGGUGUGACUGGGAUGUGUAUGGGAGGUGCACUGGCUAUAGCUAGCUCAGUUUUGGUUCCUGAGGUUGACGCUGUUGUUGGAUUCUACGGUACUCCUUCCUCCGAGCUUGCGGAUCCUGCACAGGCUAAGGCGCCUGUCCAGGCACAUUUUGGGGAGCUUGAUAACUUUGUCGGUUUCUCUGAUGUCACGGCAGCGAAGAAUCUUGAAGAGAAGCUGAAAGCGUCGGGAGUGGCGCACGAGGUUCAUAUCUACGAGGGGAACGGGCACGCUUUCUUGAACAGGAGCCCUGAAGGAGUGAGCAGGAGGAAAAGCAUGGGGCUUUCUGAUGAAGACGAAGCUGCGGUGGAGCUUGCUUGGUCUCGCUUCACUUCAUGGAUGAAACGUUACUUGGUUUAAGCAUAUAUGCUUUCUCUCAGAUAGUGUUCCUGUAUGUCCUGAAACGUUUUGUGAUGCCCAAGAUAGAUCUCAAAUAAGGACAUUGCACUGAGGACUUUACCAGAAUCGAAUAAAGUGGUUUGUUUGUUUGCUUGUUGUGGGGGUGUUGUGUGGACUUUUAGCUGAAAUCGAUGUGUUUGGUUGAUUGUACAAUCGUGGAAAACCA